AUGCCGAUUGCUAAUCUAACCAACGGAAUACCAAGUGACCAGAGAAUUGAUCAAUUUAUACCUCCAUAUGGUUAUCUUUCAUCAAUUGAUGCUUUCCCUAAUUUUGAUGAAAGUGUGAUCAAUUAUUCAACUAAUCAGCGCAGUCAGAAGCCGUCAAAUCUUAUUUGUAAAAUAGUACUCGUCGGAGAUGUGGCUGUGGGAAAAUCAUGUUUAGCAACGAGAUUAUGCCACAAUACAUUUGAUCGGAACUACAAAGCAACAAUCGGAGUCGAUUUCGAAGUGGAGAAAUUCUUGAUACUUGGUGUGCCGAUGUCAUUACAAAUAUGGGAUACUGCUGGUCAGGAACGAUUCAAAUGUAUCGCAGCUGCCUAUUAUCGUGGUGCUCAUGCUAUCAUUGCUGUCUUUGACAUGAAUGAUUUAGAUACGCUGAAAAGUGCAGAACGGUGGGUGAAUGAAGCAUUACAGACAACAGCGAAUGAUAAUCCAUUGAUAUAUUUAGUUGGUUCGAAACGAGAUUUACUUACUGACGAGCGAACGUGCGUAAAAAUUGAACAGACAGCUCGAGUAACUGCAAAGCGAUUGAAUGCAGAAUUCUGGUCUGUAUCGUCAUUAACAGGACAGCGUGUUCAAGAAUUCUUCAAACGUAUUGCUUGUGUCUCGUAUCAAAUGUUAGUGAAGCAACAGUUAACUCCAUUGAGUACAUCUAAUGAAAGAGUAAUGCCGAAAACUCAGUUAGCUGUGAGUCUAACACCUAUGAAUGGUAAGACAGAGUUCCAAGCAACAAUCAAACGCGAAUUGUUGUAG